CAGCUUGGCACCGUCGCCAACAACUUUGACCAAGAAGAGGCUUCUACUGUUGGUCGUUCUUUUCGGAUUCUUUUUGGCACGAUAUUUUCCAAGACUGCUCGUUGCAGAGGAAACCCGAGGUAAGAAAUAGUUAUUUAUCUAUUUUCAUCUGAGAAACUACCUUCUUCUUAUUGCCGCAAAGAUGAAGCAGAUUUUGGUGUCUCAAACCGUCAAAGUUCAGGAGGGUGUUACUGUUAAAGUAAAUGCCAGGCGAGUUACCGUUGUCGGCCCGCGCGGCAAGUUGACCCGAGACUUCAAACAUUUGGCACUUGAUAUGCAGAUGAUUUCCAAGGAUGAACUCCAGGUCAAUAAGUGGUUCGGUAAAAAGAAGGAAAUCGCUGCCGUCAGGACUGUGUGCUCUCAUGUUUCUAACAUGAUCAGAGGAGUCACCAAGGGAUUUGAGUACAAAAUGAGAGCAGUCUAUGCCCAUUUCCCCAUUAAUUGUGUCACAUCUGAGAACAACACCAUCAUUGAGAUCCGUAACUUCUUGGGUGAAAAGUUCAUCAGGAAAGUAAAGAUGAUGAAGGGAGUCACUGUUGUCAACUCUCCAGCCCAAAAAGAUGAGCUGGUCCUCCAGGGAAAUGACAUUGAAGCCGUUUCCCAAUCAGCUGCAUUCAUCCAACAGUGUGUUAAGGUCAAGAACAAGGACAUCCGAAAGUUUCUUGAUGGCAUCUACGUCUCUGAAAAAUCAGCUGUAGAUAAGGAAUGAAGCGGGUUUUGUACUGUUUGAGAUGGAAACUGAAUACACAGUACUUGUGCCUGAA